AUCAGCUGCGUUGCCUUGGUGCAGAAUGUGACGUCAUCUGAGCACUGAUCACCUGUAACCAACAUGUCCGGUAACAAAUGGAAAGUCACUUACUUCAAUGGUCGUGGUAGGGCCGAAAGUACCCGGAUCAUACUCACGGAGGCUGAGGUGCUGUUUGAGGACGUCCGCAUUAGCAAAGAACAAUGGGAUGCAAUGAAGCAAUCCACGCCUACGCACACCCUUCCUAUCCUGGAGCUGGACGACGGAACUGUUCUCAGUCAGUCGCCGGCCAUCCUCAGAUUUCUUGGUAGGAAGUUUAACAUGUACAGCGAUGAUCUGAUGGAACAGUACAGGAUCGAUUUGGUAAUGAACAUCAUAGAUGAUCUGGUCGAUAAGAAACUUAUACCAGCACUUUUUGAAAAGGACCCCGUUUUGAAGGCCGAGAAAAUGAAAAAGGUCGAGGCCGAUGAUUUACCUGGCUAUAUGAAAUUAUUAACAAAUGAACUCAAAGCAGGAGGAAAUGGGUUUUUCGUCGGAACAAAGCUUUCCAUAGCCGACGUUAAAGUGUUUACUGUCUUGGAAAACAUCUCGAGCAAUUUUCCAGAAACUAUGGCAAAAUGUAAUGACCUCAGAGAAUUCAAAGAAAGGAUAGCAUCCCGACCUAAGAUAGCUGACUGGAUAAAAGGACGACCUGAAACCUGGUUCUAGAUUAUUUGGAGACACCGUGAAAUAGUACAAGUGUCAUUAUACCCAUUUCAACCAGUUGUAACUGUACACACAGUGUGUGAUGACUAAACUUGUAAUGUAUAGACAAAAACACUUAAAUCGUCAUUUCAUUUUCAAAACUGUGAGUCUCUUUGAGAGAAACAGUGACUGAUUUUGAACGAGUAUCAUACAGUGUAUACAUUUUGUAUGAAGCGAAACAUCUUUUUCAGAAUAAAUUCAUCUCGUCAUAUAAUUAAGACACUUGUUGCUAUUAUUAACAUUUGAUAAAUUCUCAUUUGUGAUUGAAAAAAAAAGAAUAAAAACAAUUUACAGCAAAAGUAUUUAUUACUAGUGCCUGAGUGACUGUUUGUGCAUGACGCCGGAUGUGACGUCACUUGGCACGAUAAUGAAGACAUAAGUUCACUUCAGCAAUAUAAGAAAAAAACAUCAGGGACAAGAUACAUUUUUGUUUGUAUUGAUAUUUUAUAGCAAACACGCAGUGUGUGGUGACUGUACUUGUAAUGAUCGAUUUCCAAUGCUGCAUGUUCAUUUUUGGAUUUUCGUCACACAGUGAUCAAGUACGUUUGUUGUUUUUGAAUGAUUGGGAGAAAAUUCGAGUAACAAGUCCUGAAUAUACCCAUAUAUGUUUUGUCUUCAAACCUGCAAUAAACUAUUUUCAAUUUUG